CAGACGACGACCACGGGCUCGGCCAUCGACGCGUUCACGACCUCGAGCGAGAUCACGAUCCUGACGGCGUCGGCGACGCUCCAGGGGCACGAGGUGCGCGCCGCCAUGGACAAGAGCUUUGCCCAGCUGUACCACGACCUCGAUGGCGGGUUUACGCCGCUCAACUUUGUGUUCCCCAACCUGCCGCUCCCGUCGUACCGCCGCCGCGACCGCGCCCAGCUCAAAAUGCGCGAGUUCUACAUCUCGAUCCUCGAGAAGCGCCGUGCUUCGCCCGACGAGCCGCCUCUGGACAUGCUCACGGCGCUGCAGGACCAGCAGUACAAGACGGGCGAGCCCCUGACGGACAAGCAGAUUGCGCACAUCAUGAUCGCGCUCCUCAUGGCCGGGCAGCACACGUCGGCCGCGACGGGCGCGUGGGCCAUCCUGCGCCUCGGCGAGUUCCCCGACCUGCAGCGCCGCCUGUACGCCGAGCAGGUCGAGCACUUUUACGACGCCGCGAGUGGCACCUGGCGCGAGCUCGAGUACGAGACGCUCCAGACGCCGCUCCUCAUGGCCUUCAUCAAGGAGCUCCUGCGGUGCCACCCGCCGCUCCACUCGCUCAUGCGCAAGAUCAUCCUCGACUGCCCGGUCCCGGCAACGGUCGGUGCCCCCUCGGCCGAGCCCAACCAGCCCGCCUCGUGGCGCAAGCGCACCGAGGGCUUCGAGUACGUCGUCCCAAAGGGAGAAUUCGUCCUCGCCGCCCCGGGUUACUCGCAGGUCGACGAGGGCAUCUGGGGGCCUGACGCCAAGGAGUUUAGGCCCGAGAGGUGGAUGGACCAGGGUGAGGGCGCGAGGGUGCCCGGCGAGGAGGACGAGGGAGAGGAGGAUUAUGGGUGGGGCAAGAUCUCCAAGGGCGGCAAGAGCGCUUACCUCCCCUUUGGCGCCGGCCGCCACCGCUGCAUCGGCGAGCAGUUUGCCAACGUCCAGCUCGGCACCAUCAUCGCGACGCUCGUGCGCGAGAACGAGUGGACCCUCGACCAAAAGUUCCCCGGCAACGACUACACGACCAUGAUCGUCAUGCCCGAGGCGCCGAGGAACGUCAGCUUCAAGCGCCGUGAGGCCGUCAAGGCCUGA